UUCAAACAUCUCAAUUUAUUUCUUGAAGUCACUCGACGUAGCGGUCUGGCUGUCUCUAAACCAAAACUUAGUCUUUUUCAAAUUAAGAUAGGUUUUUUGGGUCACUACAUUAAUCAAGGAACUAUUGUUCCAAUCACAAGAUCUCUUCAAUUUGAAGAUAAAUUUUCUUAUCAAAUUUUAGCUAAAAAUCAAUUACAACGGUUCCUUGGUAGUUUGAAUUAUAUCCUUGACUUUUAUCCCAACAUAAAUAUUCUUUGUAAACCUCUACAUAAUAGAUUAAAGAAGAGUCCCCCUCCUUGGAGUGACCAGCAUACCGAAAUAGUUCUGCAAAUUAAGAGGCAGGUUCAGAGUCUCCCAUGCCUUCACAUAAGUGAUCCUUCUCCCUCUAAAUUUGUCGAAACCGAUGCCUCUGACCUAAGAUAUGGAGGAAUCCUUAAGCAGAUCCAAAAUGAUAAGGAGUUGUUAGUAUUCUUUACUUCUAAACAUAGGAACCCUAUCAAAAUAAAUUACUCCACGGUAAAAAAAAAGUAUUGCUUGCUAUUGUUUUAUGCAUCUCAAAAUUUCAGCAUGAUUUGUUCAAUCAAAAGUUUUUAUUACGCAUUGAUUGUGAAUCAUCAAAAUACAUUUUGGAAAAAAUGUUCAAAAUUUCGCUUCUAA